AUCAUUUUAUCGGUAUUACGUUUAUCAGUUUUAAAUAAUUGUUCGACUUGGUCGACUUUGAAGUUUGAAUUGAAGAAUUUAAAGUAAAUAAAAAUUCAAUUAAAAUAACAUGGAAUAAAAAUCGUAUACGAUUUCCUACUGCUCAUCUGAGGUCUGUGAAUAGUUUCGGUUCAAAUAUGUUCUUGACCAGAUGGCAAAAAAGAUUGUACUUGAAAAAGUUAAACCGUUUGUCCAUUAGCCUCAGCAGUUGUGACUGUACCCGUACACAUUCUACAGUAACUCAUGAGUCUGUGCUCCCAACUCAAGCUCAGGUUGUGAUAUGUGGUACAGGAGUAGUUGCCAAUUCAUUGGCUUACCAUUUAGUGGAAAAUGGGUGGUCUGAUAUUGUACUCAUUGACCAAGGAAAGCCAUGUGGAGGGACAUCACAUUUUGGUUCGGGAACUCUGGGCUUAUUUAAACCAAUUGCCGAACGCAACAUUAUUAUGUAUAGUAUUAAGCUAUACAGGCAGUUAGAAGCUAAAGGAUACGAUAUUGGUUUAAAACAAUGCGGUAGUUUAAAUUUAGCUCAAACUAAAGACAGAAUGAUAGCUUUAAAACGAAGGAUUGCAUAUAGUUCACCUACUGGAUUGCAUUGUGAGAUGUUGGGAAAAAAUGAACUGAAAAGAUUACAUCCGUUUUUAAAUACCGAUGACUUAGAAGGUGGAGUAUGGGUACCUGAAGAUGGAGUGGCAAACCCUCAAGCAAUAUGUAAAUCAUUAGCUAAAUUAGCUUCUGAAGGUGGUGCUCAUUAUGUUACUAACUGUCACAUUCAGAAAGUUGUUACUGAAGAAGAUCGAAUUAAGGGUGUGCACACUAGUCGAGGGUUUAUUUACUGUGAAUAUUUUGUGAAUUGUGCAGGAAUGUGGGCAAGAGAAGUGGGAAAUUUGUGUUCUCCUAAAGUCAGGGUGCCUGUAUAUCCAGCAGAACAUUUUUAUGUUACAACUAGUCCAUUGCCCGGGAUUGGUGUUGAUUUACCAUGUAUAAGGGAUUUUGAUUCUCAUAUUUAUGCCAGAGAGUUUAACUCCGGAUUCCUAGUAGGCGGAUUUGAAAAAAUAGCUAAACCUGCUUUUCUUAAUAUGAAAUUAAUACCACCAGAUUGGAAAAAAGAUAUGCCUUUAGAUUGGAAACAUUUUAUGCCCUAUUGGGAAAAAGCUAUGUCUCGGAUCCCAAUUCUUAAGGAUGCUGUUUAUCCAACAUUAGCAAAUUCUCCAGAUACAUUUACACCAAACGGAAAAUGGAUUUUGGGAGAAACCCCAGAAAUUGACAACUACUUUGUAGCUGUUGGAAUGAAUGGUAAUCCAUUACAAGGAGCUGGAGGGAUAGGAAAAGCAAUGGCUGAAUGGAUCAUAGAAGGAAAACCUACACAAGAACAUUUAGCUUUUGAUGUACAACGAUUUUUAGAUCUUCAUAAUAAUAGGAUGUAUUUACAAGAACGUACAAAAGAAGUAGUUGGCAGACACUAUUCAAUACCAUAUCCUCACCAAAAUGAAUAUAAGAAUGCUAGAAAAUUACGGUGUUCACCGUUGUUCAGUGUUUUGGAAAAAAGAGGAGCAGUUUUUGGUACUCGAAUGGGAUAUGAACGACCUUUAUACUUUGACACAACAUAUAAUGGAAAGGGAUCUCCACCAGAAAUGCCACCGGGUACAUUUUACAAACCAAAAUUCUUUGAUUUUAUGUUAGAAGAAUAUUAUGCAUGCAGGGAAACUGUCGGUAUUAUAGAUAUGUCUUCGUUUUCAAAAAUGAAAAUUCAGGGAAAACAAGAUGUGAACGAAGAAACCGAGUCUCAAUGUAAUGGUGUUGUUGAAUGGUUACAAUCUUUGUGUACUAAUGAUGUUAAUAUUCCGGUUGGCGGUAUUGUCCACACAGGAAUGUUGAAUGAAAGAGGUGGUUAUGAAAAUGAUUGUUUAUUAGUGCGUGAACGAGAAAAUUGUUACCUAAUGGUAUCACCGACUAGCCAACAAACUAGAGUUUUAGAUUGGCUUAAAGACCAUUUGCCAAAAGAUGAAUCAAUUCAGUUAGCAGAUAUAACUUCAAUGUAUACCGUCGUAAACAUUAUUGGUCCAAAAGCAGGCGCUUUAAUAUCUGAACUAUCACAAACUGAUGUUGACAUUAAUGUACAACCUUUCACCUAUAAGACUGUAAACAUUGGUUACGCUUCUGAUGUUAUGAUGAUGGCUUUUACACAUACUGGUGAACCUGGGUUUUGUCUCUAUAUACCAUCUGAAUAUGCACUGCAUGUGUAUGAUCGUUUUAUUACAGUUGGAUUCGACUAUGGAAUUAGGGACGUUGGAAGUUUAACACAACGGUUUAUGAGAAUUGAGAAAUUCAUACCGUUUUGGGCAGAAGAUUUAACUCGUGACACUACACCGUUUGAAGCUGGCUGUAAUCAUGUUGUAAAACUUGACAAAGAAUAUUUCAUUGGAAAAUUUGCAUUACAACGUCAAAAAGAUCAAGGAAUUACCAAAAAACUUGUAAUGUUUAUAUUAGAUGAUUUAGAUCCCGAUAAGGACAUAUGGUCUUGGGGAUUGGAACCUAUUUACAGAAAUGGUAAAUUUGUCGGAACCGUAACAUCAGCUGGGUAUGGUUUCACCAUGGGAAAAUUAGUAUGUUUAGCAUAUAUUCGUCGACCUUUUACAGAUAGUCGUAAUAGGAAUCACAUGGUUGUCACAAAUGACUAUAUAUUGUCUCCAAACGCAAAAUAUGAAAUAGAUAUAGCUGGAACUAAGUUUUCAGUUACUCCUAAAAUACAUACUCCAUGUGUAAAUAUAAACAUGCAGAAAGUUUUAGAUGAUUCACGAUAUGUACCAAAAGUGAUUUCUCAAAUACCAAGAAACUAAUUGUUUUUUCAUGAACAUUUUAGCAUUUAAGUUUGUUUUGAAAUUUAUAGAAAAAGUUAUUUGAGCUGAUGUAACUCUGGCAUCUAUUUUGAAUUAAACAACUAAGAAUUUAAUAUUUUUGAUAUGACAUUGAAAAAAUAAAUAAAUACUCAAUGAUAAGUUUAACGUU